UCCAUCUCUCUCCCCUCCCCUCUCUCCCUUUCACUUAGCCCUCUCCUGUCUCGCUCUGUCCCUCUCUGUCAGUCUAUUUCCAGUGCUAGCUGCGUCAGGCGAAUAGCUCCCAGCUUGGAAUGACACAAAUAGGAAGAGGGACUCCAAUCCUCUAAGAGGGUCAGAUACCAACAGAAAAAUAACAAGAAACUUUAGAAAACAUCAGGAACUACGGAAAAAUACUGAAACCUGCUAAAGGAACCUGCUAUAAACUACAAAAAUGGACUCUGAUAUGGCGUUGACGGAAUUACAGGAGCAUGAGUUGCCAGAGGCCAUCGUUCAGGAGGAUGAAGACGACGUGGAGGAACUCAGGAACAGUCUGCGGGAGGUGGUCCAGGACCAGUCUGUGAAGCCCAAGCUGCAGUGUCUGAUGGUGGACCCGUCCUUCUCCAUGGUGACUGUUCAGAGUGAGGACAGCGGCAUAGUCUGGGAAACGGCCUCCAGCCGAUGCUCCACCCCCUGGGCGUCGGAGGCCAGCUACAGCUCUGACACCUACAGUUUGGAUGGCUCUGCUACUGGUGGUGGAGGUGCACAGGGCAAAAUUACCAUUGUCUUCGAUGAGGACAAGAUAGUUCGGAGGAGGAAGAGGAUGAGAGGAAAGGCCAGGCUGGGGGAGAGGCUAAGGAGACCCGGGAGCUCCAGGUCUGGCUCGACACUGGGGGUGGAGAGGCCUGAGAUGGCUGAGGUGUCUGUGCCAAACAUCCGAGUGGAGAGUGUAGAGUCAGACACAGAGUCAGGGGAAGUGAAAGACAAAGAGCAGGAGCUGUUUAGUCUGAUUUCAGAGGGUUAUGAGAUCCUCAACAUCAAAGUCCCGUCCAAACUGCCCACAGUGGACGAGGAGGAGAGCACUGAGCUGCAGGAUAACCUGUCCUACUUGGAGGAGACACCCAGGAUCAGGUCCAAAUCCAGGCGGGGCUCUGAGGCCUUACCUGCCCAGGACUACCCAGAAAUGAAGGAGGUACAGGAGGGCACAGAAGGAGAAGAAGUAGGAGAGACUAAGCCCUCAGAACCCACAGAGCAACAGGGGCCUCACAACCACAAGGAUGGCACCAGCGACAUGGACUACUUUGAGGCAUUUACCCUCCUGGAUGAGGUGGUUCCUGGGCAGCAGGUUCCAGAGCCAGUGGGAGAUGAGACACCCACGAAGCCCCAACGAGAGGAGACUAAUCUGGGGCAGAUGACAGCCACAGACAGCCUCUCUGCAGCUCCGGACGAUGACUUUGUGUUUGUCACAGACAUGGAGAUUGCCAGCGAGCGUUUGGAUGAGGUGUUCUACGGGAACAAACACCACGCACCCCCAGAAGACCUGAUGAAAAGGGGAGAAGAGGAUGAAGAGGAGGGAGGGAAGGAAGGAAGAAGGGAGAGUCUGAGGUCUCUGAAGGAAAGUGGGUCAGCGCUGUUCGGCAGAGAGGAGAGCAUCCUCACCCCCAUCUUCCUCUCCCCAGGACCCCCUAAGAUCAUUGAUCCCAUCCUGCUAGAGGAACCCACAGCCAUGUCCUUCCUCUACUCCGACCUGUACGAGGACGCCAUGGGGGAGAGGAGGAGGAGCGACGAGGAAGGCUCAGAGGCAGAGAGCGUGGGGUCGGACAGAUCGUUCCAGAGGCGACUGUCUGAUUCAGAGGAAACAGACGGAUACCUGGAGAAGUUUAUCCUGAAAGACGAGACUCCCAAUGUGGAGGACCAAUCAGAAGAAGUGGAUGGCAAAGGGGAGGGGCUAAUGAUGUGGUCGCAGAGUAAGUUUGAGCUGACCGGAUUCCUAACAAGAGUGGUGGAAGAAGAAGAAGAGGAGAAGGAGGAGUGUAAGAAGGAGGAGAUCAAAGCUGCAGAGAUGAAUGGGUACCUGCAACCAGCAGGAUAUAAAGAGAUGGAAGAAUCAACAGAGAGAUCUUUGCUGCACAUCAAGGAAACUGGUCCAGAAAACGACCCUGAGUCUGUAAAUACAGACAGCAAAGUGUCUCAAGUUGAGAAGGACCAUCUAGUCCCAGGAAAGAAACCUGAGAAGGUUGAUGUGGUAGAUGAAGCUAAAAGUGAGACAACACCUGAGGCACAUGAGUCAGAGGUUGACAGCCAGGAGGAGGUAGUGUCAGAUAAAGUAUCCCAUGAAACAGAGCUACUAGCUCGGGCAGAGGAGGUGAAAAAACAAGACAAAGUAGAAGUGUCUAGAGUGGCAAAACCAGUUGUAAUUCAGGAGCCUGUGGUUGUACAGGUGAACCAGGUGUCAACUGAAAGUAAAACAGAGACUGUAGUUAAAGCAUCUGAACCUGUAAGAGCAGAGGAUGCUAUUAAAGAUCCAACUGAGGCCAUAGCAGGAGCACUGGAACUACACAGGGUCUCUCAAAAGGCAGUUACUGAUUUAUCAGUAGUUGUUGUGAAAGUAUCAGAUAAUACUAAAAUGGCAUCUGAAAUUGCAGCUGAAACAAUCAAUAGAAUGGAAAUGCUAGCUGAAGCACACAAAGUUGAAAAAGUAGAGAAUAGAUCUGAGGAGCCUGUGAGUGUAGCGGAGGAGUCCUUCACACACAAUCCUGAAGCCGAAGUAGUUCCAACUGCCCCUCCUGCAGAAGCUGCGGAGCGAUGGGCGUCACUUCUUGCCCCUGCCGAGGGAGAUAAGGGACAGGAGAAAGAGCCAAUGAAGAAGCAGGACUUGGAAGGUGAGGACGAGUGGGUGUUCACUCCCCUCAGGAGCUUUGCUCCUCAGGAAGACCUCUCUGAGCUGCACAGAGAAACUGUAGUUUCAGAGAUGGAGCUGCACAGGGAGACUGCAGAAGAGCUGGAGUAUGAGAUAAUCUCGCAGCAGGAGGCAAGAGAGAUGAUGGUGUCUGAGACAGAGAGAAAACGGCUCUGCCCAGGCCCUAACUCUAAUCUAGAGAGAGAGAGGGAGCUGGAGAAAGAAAAGGAGAGAGAGAUGGAGUUGGAGAGGGAGAGAAAGAAGCAGAGGCUCAAGGAGGAGGAGAGACAGGAGAGGGAGGAGAGGGAGAGACAGGAGAGGGGGAGACAGGAGAAGGAGAGACAGAUGGGGUUGGAGAGGGAAAGAGAAAGAGAAAGGGAGAGGCUAAGGCUGAAGGAGGCAAAGGAGAGACAGGAGAAGGAGAACAAGGAGAGGAAGGAAAAGGAGAGACAGGAGAGGGAGAGACUUAUACAAUUGGAAAGGGAGAGAUAUAGGGAGAGGCAGGGGCUGAAGGAGGAGAAGGAGAGACAGGAGAGGGAGAAACAGGAGAGGGAGAGACAGGCGGAAAAUGAAAGAGAAAAGGAGAGGCUGAAGGAAGAGGAGGAGAAGGAGAGACAUGAGAGGAAAAGACAGAUGGAGAGGGAGAGAGAAAAGGAGAGGCAGAGGCUGAAAGAAGAGAAGGAGAGACAGGUGAGGGAGAGAACAAUAGAAUUGGAGAGGGAGAGAGAAAGGGAGAGGCUGAAGGAGGAGAAGGAGAAGGAGAGACAGGUGAAGGAGAGACAGGAGAGGGAUAGACAUAUAGAGUUGGAGAGGAAGAGAGAAAGGGAGAGGCAGAGGCUGAAGGAGGAGAGCGAGGAGAAGGAGAGACAGGAGAGGGAAAGAGAAAGGGAGAGACAGAGGCUGAAGGAGGAGAAGGAGAGACAGGAGAGGGAGAGACAGAUGGAGAAGGAGAGAGAAAAGGACAGGCAGAGGCUGCAGGAAGAGAAAGAGAGACAGGAGAAGGAGAAGGAGAGACAGAUAGAAUUGGAGAGGGAGAGAGAAAAUGAGAGGCAGAGGCUGAAGGAGAGAGAGGAGAAGGAGAGACAGGAGAGGGAGAGACAGAUGGAGUUUGAGAGGGAAAGACAAAAGGAGAGGCAGAGGCUGAAGGAGAGGGAGGAGAAGGAGAGACAGGAGAGGGAAAGGCAGAUGGAGUUGGAGAGGGAGAGAGAAAAGGAGAGGCAGAGGCUGAAGGAGGAGAGCGAGGAGAAGGAGAGACAGGAGAGGGAGAGAGAAAAGGAGAGGCAAAGGCUGAAGGAGGAGAGACAGGAGAGGGAGAGACAUAUGGAGAAGGAGAGAGAAAAGGACAGGCAGAGGCUGAAGGAAGAGAAAGAGAGACAGGAGAAGGAGAGACAGAUAGAAUUGGAGCAGGAGAGAGAAAAUGAGAGGCAGAGGCUGAAGGAGAGAGAGGAGAAGGAGAGACAGGAGAGGGAGAGACAGAUGGAGUUUGAGAGGGAAAGACAAAAGGAGAGGCAGAGGCUGAAGGAGAGGGAGGAGAAGGAGAGACAGGAGAGGGAAAGGCAGAUGGAGUUGGAGAGGGAGAGAGAAAAGGAGAGGCAGAGGCUGAAGGAGGAGAGCGAGGAGAAGGAGAGACAGGAGAGGGAGAGAGAAAAGGAGAGGCAAAGGCUGAAGGAGGAGAGACAGGAGAGGGAGAGACAUAUGGAGAAGGAGAGAGAAAAGGACAGGCAGAGGCUGAAGGAAGAGAAAGAGAGACAGGAGAAGGAGAGACAGAUAGAAUUGGAGCGGGAGAGAGAAAAUGAGAGGCAGAGGCUGAAGGAGAGGGAGGAGAAGGAGAGACAGGAGAGGGAGAGACAGAUGGAGUUUGAGAGGGAAAGACAAAAGGAGAGGCAGAGGCUGAAGGAGAGGGAGGAGAAGGAGAGACAGGAGAGGGAAAGGCAGAUGGAGUUGGAGAGGGAGAGAGAAAAGGAGAGGCAGAGGCUGAAGGAGGAGAGCGAGGAGAAGGAGAGACAGGAGAGGGAGAGAGAAAAGGAGAGGCAAAGGCUGAAGGAGGAGAGACAGGAGAGGGAGAGACAUAUGGAGAAGGAGAGAGAAAAGGACAGGCAGAGGCUGAAGGAAGAGAAAGAGAGACAGGAGAAGGAGAGACAGAUAGAAUUGGAGCGGGAGAGAGAAAAUGAGAGGCAGAGGCUGAAGGAGAGGGAGGAGAAGGAGAGACAGGAGAGGGAAAGACAGAUGGAGUUGGAGAGGGAGAGAGAAAGGGAGAUGCUUAGGCUGAAGGAGGAGAGUGAGGAGAAGGAGAGACAGAUGGAGAAGGAGAGAGAAAAGGACAGGCAGAGACUGAAGGAAGAGAAAGAGAGACAGGAGAAGGAGAAGGAGAGACAUAUAGAAUUGGAGAGGGAGAGAGAAAAUGAGAGGCAGAGGCUGAAGGAGAGGGAGGAGAAGGAGAGACAGGAGAGGGAAAGACAGAUGGAGAGGGAGAGAGAAAGGGAGAUGCUUAGGCUGAAGGAGGAGAGUGAGGAGAAGGAGAGACAGGUGGAGAGGGAGAGAGAAAGGGAAAGGCAGAGGCUGAAGGAGGAGAGCGAGGAGAAGGAGAGACAGAUGGAGAAGGAGAGAGAAAAGGACAGGCAGAGGCUGAAGGAAGAGAAAGAGAGAAAGGAGAAGGAGAGACAGAUAGAAUUGGAGAGGGAAAGACAAAAGGAGAGGCAGAGGCUGAAGGAGAGGGAGGAGAAGGAGAGACAGGAGAGGGAAAGGCAGAUGGAGUUGGAGAGGGAGAGAGAAAAGGAGAGGCAGAGGCUGAAGGAGGAGAGCGAGGAGAAGGAGAGACAGGAGAGGGAGAGAGAAAAGGAGAGGCAAAGGCUGAAGGAGGAGAGACAGGAGAGGGAGAGACAUAUGGAGAAGGAGAGAGAAAAGGACAGGCAGAGGCUGAAGGAAGAGAAAGAGAGACAGGAGAAGGAGAGACAGAUAGAAUUGGAGUGGGAGAGAGAAAAUGAGAGGCAGAGGCUGAAGGAGAGGGAGGAGAAGGAGAGACAGGAGAGGGAAAGACAGAUGGAGAGGGAGAGAGAAAGGGAGAUGCUUAGGUUGAAGGAGGAGAGUGAGGAGAAGGAGAGACAGGUGGAGAGGGAGAGAGAAAAGGAGAUGCAGAGGCUGAAGGAGGAGAAGGAGAGACAGGAGAGGGAGAGAGAAAGGGAAAGGCAGAGGCUGAAGGAGGAGAGCGAGGAGAAGGAGAGACAGAUGGAGAAGGAGAGAGAAAAGGACAGGCAGAGGCUGAAGGAAGAGAAAGAGAGACAGGAGAAGGAGAGACAGAUAGAAUUGGAGAGGGAGAGAGAAAAUGAGAGGCAGAGGCUGAAGGAGAGAGAGGAGAAGGAGAGACAGGAGAGGGAAAGACAGAUGGAGUUAGAGAGGGAGAGAGAUAUUGAGAGGCAGAGGCUGAAGGAGAGAGAGGAGAAGGAGAGACAGGAGAGGGAAAGACAGAUGGAGUUAGAGAGGGAGACAGAAAAGGAAAGGGAGAGGCAGAGGCUGAAGGAGGAGAGCGAGGAGAAGGAGAGACAGGAGAGAGAGAGACAGAUGGAGAGGGAGAGAGAAAAGGGCAGGCAGAGACUGAAGGAAGAGAAAGAGAGACAGUUGAGGGCAGAGAAGGAGAGACAUGAGAGGGAGGAAAAGGAGAGGGAGAGAGAGUUGUUGAGGGAGGAGGAGAGACAGGAGAGGGAGGAGAGGGAGCAGAAGGAGAGAGAAAGAGACAAUCAGAGGCUGAAGGAGAAGGAGCAACAGGAGAGGAAGAGUGAGAUGGAGUUGGUAUUGGAGGGAGAAAAGCAGAAGGAAAGGGUGAGAGAAAACCUGUUGAUGGAUAUGGAGAGGCAGAAGGAGCGAGAGAUGGAGGAGAGGGUAAGAGAAGAGAGAGGGCUGGAUCUCCCCGCUUACGAGGAGCCCAUUGAGGCUGAUUAUGAAAUAUUCGAUGCGGAGGAGGAGAGCCAGGCCAGAGCAGCUGCUGCCCUACAGGGGAUGGAUUGCUUCUGUCUGGGCUGUGGUUGUCUGCUCUCUGAGACUGACAGACUGUCUGGAGGACACCAGGAUCAUGAGGUCACCAGCGUGGAGACAGCCUACGAAGACAUCAGGGAGAGGCUGAGUGAGUGGAUCUCAGAACUGCAGGAGAGAUCAGAGAACAUUGAGGAUCUGGUGUCAGAACUAGAGCUGGGAUACAACACUGUAGAGGACCAUUGCAGGGACAGUGAGGAGGUAAUGGAGGCUCAGAAUGAGGAGAUGAUGGCUCUGGUGAUGGAUCAGUACAACACCAUGUCUCUGAGCAUGGAGGAGGAAAAGAAGGCAAAGCUAGAGCAGCUUUACGACCAGAUCGUCUCCUUCCAGGAGAGUAUAGACCAGACCAAGGUCACACUGGACACCACCGCUAGAGAGGCAGAUAUAGACCCAGACACACAGACAUCCAAAGACAUCUAUAUGAGGUUAACAGAAGCACUACAGUCAGCCAUGUCUCUGGAGCUGGGUCCUCGGGGACUACUAGUGUUUGAAGACUAUGCCAAGGGCAAUGCAGCAAAUACACACACACGACGCAAGGGAAUCCCAGUUCCUCAGAAGCCGUCUCUGCAGCCUCAGGAGUGUGCUUCAGCCAGCAGCACCAGUGUGACUGUUUACUGGAGGGUCAACCCUGGAGACAUCAUAGACUGCUUCCAGGUCUACUGUAUGGAAGACCCACAAGGAGCGGUGUCGGAUGAGUACCGUGUGACAGUGAAGGAGAGUUACUGUGUUCUAGAGGAGCUGGAGCCUGACAAGGUGUAUAAAGUGUGGGUGAUGGCUGUCAACUAUACCGGCUGCUCUCUGCCCAGUGAGAGACUACCCUUCAGAACUGCCCCAUCGGUGCCAGUGAUUGAUACGGGGCGGUGUACGAUACUGUGGGACUCGGCCACAUUACGUUGGAAUGUGGACAACCAAACACCCAUGCAGAGUUACACCCUGGAGUACUGCAGACAGUACGCCCUUGAGGGAGAAGGGCUUAGGUCUAUCUCAGGUAUCCAGGGCAGACAACAGAGGGUACUACUGCAUCCCAAUGAGAACUACCUGUUCUACAUCAAAGCUGUUAACAAGGCUGGAGCCAGCGAACAGAGCGAGGCUGCUCUCAUAUCUACCAGGGGAACUAGGUUCCACCUGCUGAAGGCUUCGGCUCACCCUGUCCUGAAACUGUCUGAGGACCAGACCACCCUGUACUACCCCCAGGACACAUACACAGAGAGAGGGGAUGUGGUUAACGAAUGUCCAUCUGUUCUGGGUGAGUUGUUACCCAUGAGGGGGCAUCACUACUGGGAGACCAAUGUGACCAGAAGUUCUGCAUACCGGGUGGGAGUGGCAUAUGAGACAGCCAAUAGGGACAGUCUACUGGGGGAGAACAGCACUUCCUGGUGUCUGCAUUGUGUCCCAACACCCUACAGUUGUCGGUUUGAGCUGCUCCACGGCAGUGUUCAGUCAGAUGUGUUCGUGGGGGAGGUGCCCUCUCAUAUUGGCACACUGCUGGACUACAAGCAAGGCCGUCUGUCCUUCUAUAACACCCAGCGCGGCCAGCUGCUCGGGACCCUCACCCACUGCUUCACCCAGCCAUGCCACCCUGUUCUGGGCAUGGAGCAGCCAGGCAGCCUGAAAGUCAGCAUGGCCCUGGAGGUGGCUGACUUCGCCAAGCAUAGCUAGCCAAGCACCAGAACUUUCCUAUGCAAGAUAUAAGUACCCAUGGAUUUAAUAGAAAUCAAAUUUUAGAAAGCUAGAACAGUGAUAGCUACACUUUUAAUGGAAUAAAUAGCCAAUCUCUCUGGACUCUCCCCGAUGAAGGUAGUGGCUAUAGCUGUAUCAGGACAUUCACUGACUCAGUGAUGAAAGAGACAGGAGUGAGAGGAAGAACUGUAGUUGCUUCAGUAGUAUAGAUUUGAAAGAAAGUGCAAAUCUUGAAGGUAAUAGGAAAAAUAUUUUAUAAAUAGGAAAAACAAUCAGAGCAAUAGUCAAUAUCUAUCGCUCAAUUAUUGCUGUUUUAUUUCUCUUGUGAAUUUGACUGAGUGUUUCUUGUUGAGGUGAAAUGUUUAAUCUCUGAGAUCAGUAUUAAUUCAUUUUUUGGCUAUUUUUUAACAUGUUUUGUCAAUUGUCUUGUGUGCUUUAAUUUCUCCAGUAUCUCCUUCUCUUUUCUCAGCAAUCUUACUCAUCUCUCCUAGAGCCUUUAGUAGGUACAGUAGGCACACAGCCGAGAUGCACAUUAAACUGUAUGUAACUACCAGGGUAUUGAACCCAGGUAGUCUGUGUGACUCAAUACUUUGUUAGCCCACUGAGCUACUUGCAAGGCAGGUUAAUUACUUGGAGAUUGUGUGGAUAAAGAUACUAGUAACUAUUUUGUUUAAAACCAUAGCACUACUUGUGUUUCAUGUUGUGAAUACUGGUGUAUAAAUAACCUUGUAAACAUAUGUUGAAUCUCUUCUGUGUGUUUGUUUGGAAUCAUUUCUGAAUGAUGAUGAAUUAAAGUUUUUUUCUCUUUGUUGAA